AUGGGGAUAGGGCUUAAUGAGGUUUUAAUCUUCAUUAAGCUCAAUAUAAAUCAACACCAUGACAUAACCUUAGACGGAAAGAUAUUCUGCCGACGGACCGCUUGUGAUUGCCGGAAUCCAAGUGUUGACCUUUUCUGUUGCCCAGAGUGUGACACCAGGGUCACAAGUCAAUGUUUAGAUCAAAAUGGACACAAGCUCUAUCGGAGUGGAGACAAUUGGACUCAUAGCUGCCAGCAGUGCUGGUGUCUGGAAGGAGAGGUAGACUGCUGGCCACUCCCUUGCCCCAAUUUGAGCUGUGAGUACACAGCCAUCUUGGAAGGGGAGUGUUGUCCCCGCUGUGUCAGUGACCCCUGCCUGGCUGAUAACAUCGCCUACGACAUCAGAAAAACUUGCCUGGACAGCUAUGGCAUUUCAAGGCUUAGCGGCUCAGUGUGGACAAUGGCUGGAUCUCCCUGCACAACCUGCAAAUGCAAGAAUGGACGUGUCUGCUGCUCUGUGGAUUUGGAGUGUCUUCAUAAUAACUGAAGUAUUUAAAAUGGACUCAUCACUGUGGGAGAAGAAUGGAUGAAAUGAAAUGAAAUGACCAUCCAGCAUGGUGAAGAACAGGAGUUGGUGUUUAUUUGUUUUUGUUUUUUUGUUUUUUUACCACAGACAGUUACCAAAGUCUCCGUCUGAGGAAGGUGUUCGGGGGUUGCCUUUUGGACCUACCACUUUGUUCAUUCUUGCUAACCUAGUGUAGGUGACCUACAGUGCAGUGCUUUUAAGUCUCUGGUUGUUAAAAGAAGUUUCCCGUGUUGUAAAUCACGUUUCCCUUGCCAAAUCAUUUGCGAAUACAUUUAAAUGAUCUCAUGGUAAACGCUGAUGUAUUUUUUGAUUUAUUUUGUGUACAAACAUAAUAGAGACUCAGCGCUUUUAAUUUAUUUUUUUCUUGGGUUUUGGAUCAAAUUCUACAAAUAAAGUUGCCUGUUGUGA